UCUUUUAUUUAAGCAAUUACAAGAUGUCUGACCAACAGGAUUCCGUUGUCACCAAUGGGGUUCCUGUCGUAGAAAAGAGUUCUGAGAGUUGUGUGAGUGACAUUCCUCUUGGAGAAACCAAACAGUUAGCACAAGUUGCGAAACUCCAACAGAAGGAUAUCUACUCCAGUCCCCUCGUCAACGGAGGAGUAGUAGAACAUACACAACCAAACUCUGAGUCAGAGUCUGAUGGAGAAGACAAAGACAGCCAGGAGACAGCUGCUGUAGAACCUGCAGUGAUAACCCCAUCAAGCAUACCUGAAGCAACAGCCAAACCACCCAGAUCACCUGGACUAGAGGUGAUCUGGCUUUCUCAGGUGCCUCGGUGCCCCUGAAGCUGUCGGAUGUGUCCCUGGCCCCAGCAGAGCAGCUCUGGUGCACCUCCAGGGACCAGGCAGUCAAGCUGAGGAUGGCUGAGACGGGGCCGGGAUCCGAGGCCCCCAUGACCGUCCACCAGAUGUUCUUGAAGACGGUGAAGAUCUAUGGAGACCUGCCCGCGGUGGCGUCCAAGAAAGAGGGGCAGUGGGUCACCCUGAACUGGAGGGAGUACUACCAGCAGUGCCGAGCGGCGGCCAAGAGCUUCCUCAAGUUGGGGCUGGAGCGUUACCAUGGCGUCGGUAUUCUGGGCUUUAACUCUCCCGAGUGGUUCAUCUCAGACAUCGGCUGUAUCCUGGCUGGGGGUUUUGCUGCAGGCAUAUACACCACCAACUCCCCCGAGGCGUGUCAGUAUGUGGCAGACAACUGUGAGGCCAACGUCCUGGUGGUGGAGAACCACAAACAGCUCCUCAAAAUCCUCCAGAUUAAGGACCAGCUUCCACACUUGAAAGCUAUUGUUCAGUACAAGGAUGAACUGCAACAGAAGCUGCCAAACCUGUACACUUGGGCUGAGUUUAUGAAGCUGGGCGAGGAGGUGUCUGAUGAACUGCUGGAUGCCGUGGUGGACAGUCAGAGGGCUAACCAGUGUUGUACGCUCAUCUACACCUCUGGAACCACGGGCAACCCCAAAGGGGUCAUGCUAAGCCAUGACAAUAUUACCUGGACUUCAAAUGCGGCGGGCGCCAUGACAGGUCUGCAACAUGGUGUGGAGUGCGUGGUGAGCUACCUGCCCCUGAGCCAUGUAGCUGCCCAGGUCAACGACAUGUGGAUCGCUAUGAGAUUUGCAGGGGCAACGUAUUUCGCAGACCCAGACGCCCUGAAGGGCUCUUUGGGGACUACUCUGAAAGAGGUGCGCCCCACCAGUUUCCUGGGAGUUCCCCGUGUGUGGGAGAAGAUGCAGGAGAAGAUGAAAGCCAUCGGUGCCAAGUCCUUUGGUAUGAAGAAAAGAGUGGCUGACUGGGCUAAAUCCAUCGGAUUGCAAGUCAGCUACAGUGCCAUGAAUGGUGAGAACCUGGUGCCCUGGGGCUUCAUGCUGGCAAACAACCUGGUGUUUAAGAAGGUUCGCUGGGCCAUGGGCCUGGACCGCUGCAAGAACUGCUUAACGGGGGCCGCACCCAUCACUAAGGAGACUCUGGAGUACUUCAUGAGCCUUAGCCUCCCCCUGUAUGAGCUGUAUGGGAUGAGUGAAAGCACCGGCCCUCACACCAUCUCCUGGGAGAAUAACUUCAAGAUCAUGAGCUGUGGAAAGGUAGUGGUUGGCUGCCAGACCAAGUUGGAUAAGCCAGACGAGGAUGGGAAUGGUGAGAUCUGUUUCUGGGGGCGUCAUGUGUUCAUGGGCUACCUGAACGAGCCAGAGAAGACUGAGGAGGCCCUGGACCAGGAGGGCUGGCUGCACUCUGGAGAUCUGGGCAAGCACGACAAGGACAACUUCCUAUUCAUCACAGGGAGGAUAAAGGAGCUUAUCAUAACAGCAGGAGGAGAGAACAUCCCACCUGUACCAAUUGAGGAUGCAGUGAAAGCAGAGAUCGCCAUCAUCAGCAACGCCAUGUUGCUCGGAGACAAGUUGAAAUUCCUCUCCAUGAUGCUCACGCUCAAAUGUGUAGUCGACGACAAUGGUGAGCCGACGGAUGAGCUGACCCCAGAGUCUGUGGCGUUCUGCCAGCAGCAUGGCGUCACGGCAACCAAGGCCUCUGAGAUCAUAGCCAGUAAGGAACCAGCUAUUUACAAGGCCAUCCAGGAGGGCAUAGAGCGCGUGAAUGCUAAGGCCACCUCCAACGCCCAGAGAGUCCAGAAGUGGGUCAUUUUGGACAGAGAUUUCUCCAUAUCCGGGGGGGAACUGGGACCUACCAUGAAGCUAAAGAGGGGGGUUGUUGUCAAAAUGUUCCAGGAGAAAAUCAACGAGAUUUAUGGAAUGGCACAAGAAUAACAGAGGAACUCAACAAGGACUAGAGAAAAUUGGAAGACUGUAGUUAUUGGACUAUUAAAUGCAUAUGUAGACAUUUGAAUGUGUCUCGUUCUCCAGUAACUAGAGAAUUAUCCCAUUGGUAUCUGCUCCAUAUCAAUAUUUAUGCUGUUUUAAUGUACAUAAGAUUUCACAGCAAUGAUAUUUGCACUUUUUUUGUAAAUAAACCGUAUAAUCAUCAUCGCCAAAUCUAGUGUCCACAACAGUGAAAGCAGUUUGUGCUUCUUGUAAGCUACUCUGCAAAAAUUAACUGUUAUUGCAACCAUGGCAAUAGUUUCAAAGUCAUAUCACUAUCAUAGGCUUUUUAGUUUAUUAUUUGUUAAAUAUAUGAACAUGUUUGCAAAAACCACUUGUUAUGUUCUCUCAAGAUGUGCCAGGAGAAUCUAAGGAGAUACCAAGGAGAAUGUAAAUGUAGCAAUGCUAUACUGUACACACUUCAAGUAAAUGAGAAUGCUAUCAAAACAAAAUCAUUGUAUCAUUAAUGUAAUGUUUGUCAAGUGAUUCCAUCGUUAUUUGGAUGAUACACUGUAAUAUUAAUUUUGUAUUAGAUUUUAGCCAAUUCUUUUCCAUGUACAUUAUAAUAAAUAUUAAAAUGUU